AUGGGGUACACGAAUUUCACUGACAAGAAAAGUGAAACAAACUUGGAUGAUGACCACCCCCAAGUUCCAGAUAUCACUGAGCCCGUUCUACGCAAGAUCUCUGAGAGGCUUGGCUCUGAAUGGCAGAAGCUGGCUACACAUCUCGGUUUAAGCGCUGCAGAGAUCGAGCACAUCAUGAUGGAUGACCCAGGCCAGACAGAGAACCAGAUCUUCAACAUGCUGGUCAAAUGGAGGCGCAAACAGAGGGAAGUGUUAUGCACAGCUCUGAUGGAGAUGGGCAAAAUGGACAUAGCCGAAGACAUGAUAGAUUUCAGUGACCCUGUUCUACGCAAGAUCUCUGAGAGGCUUGGCUCCGAAUGGCAGAAGCUGGCUACACAUCUCGGUUUAAGUGCUGCAGAGAUCGACAACAUCAUGAUGGAUGACCCAGGCCAGACAGAGAACCAGAUCUUAAACAUGCUGGUCGAAUGGAGGCGCAAAAAGAGGGAAGUGUUAUGCACAGCUCUGGUGAAGAUUGGUAGAACGAACAUUGCCGAAGACUUUGUAGGUAUCAGUGAUUUUGAUCUACGCAUGAUCUCUAACAAGCUGGGCUCCGAAUGGCGGAAGCUGGCUACAUAUCUCAGUUUACGUGCAGCAACAAUCGACCGCAUCGUGAUGGAUGACCCAGGCCAGACAGAGAACCAGAUCUUCAACAUGCUGGUCAAAUGGAUGCGCCAACAAUCCACUAGCACGGAUCAGAGGGACGCGUUAUGCACAGCUCUGAUGGAGAUCGGCAGAACGGACAUUGUUAAAGACAUGAUAGAGGCUCAAAUGGGAGGAGCUAAAGAACAGAACAGGCAGAGAAGAACUACAUCAUCUGAAAGACAGGGACAGGGAGAUGUUGGUCAUCGAGACAAAUCUCACCAAGAAGUUCAAGAAAGAGGGGCUAAAGAACAAAGCAAGCUGAAAAGCACCUCAUCAUCUGAGGGACAGAGACAAAAUCAGCAAGAGGCAGGAGGAACACAUCAGGACAUUCAGAAAGAGACUUUGCAAUCAUCCGAGGAGUAUGGACUGAAAGGGUCAACACACCAAAAACCAGGUCAUGGACCUGUAGUUUCUGUCAAGGGCGAAAAUUGUCCUGUCAUCGUGGGAGAUGAUAAUCAUUCGACUUUUAACUUUAACAUUACAUUAGAAAGUUCAGGGUUUCCAAAAAUGUCAAUAGAAACAGGAGUAACAAGGCAGGGUAGCGAGGACAGUGGCAUGACUAAAAUUCUCUGGACAGCCAUGACUACCUUACGUGACACAGAGGGAGUGGGUUAUAUCCUGAAGCAGUUCUCAGCUUUCAUACAAUCUUGUGACGGGGAGCUUGAGGAAGUAACAUCUGGGUCUGUGACAUUUGUUGUUCGCUUCAAGAGUCGGGAGGGCCUGAACAAACUCUGGAGUAUGUACACCACUGGAGAACUCGCCAAGAAACUGACAGAGAUUCUCAUCACAGAUGAACUGACAACUGAAGAUAAGAGUGACUUGGCUAUCCAGGCAACUAUACCAGAAAGAGACUACGAUCGGGCCUGCAGAUUCUUUGACGAAUUGGAAAAGGACCAGCAGAAAGAUGAAGAGGACUCGAGCAGCAUGGAAGAGGUACAGCAUAACCAACUUGGAGAAAGCAGCACAGCAACAACGGCUUACAGUAGUGAUCCAACCGAAUACGCUGAAGACAGCUAUGAAGAGAAAGUGAUGAAGACAUCGUUAAUAACAACAGGAGGUAUCAGUGACCUUGAUCUGUACAAGAUCUCUGCCAUGUUUGGCUCUGAAUGGCAGAAGCUGGCUAAACAUCUUGGUUUAAGCGCUGCAGAGAUCGAGCACAUCAUGAUGGAUGACCCAGGCCAGACGGAGAACCAGAUCUUCAACAUGCUGGUCAAAUGGAGGGGCAAACAGGGGGAGGUGUUAUACAAAGUGCUGAUGAAGCUCGGUAGAACGGACAUUGUUGAAGAGCUGAUAGGUUUCAGUGACCUUAUUCUACACAAGAUCUCUGGUAUGCUUGGCUCUGAAUGGCGGAAGCUGGCUACACAUCUCGGUUUAAGCGCUGCAGAGAUCGACCGCAUCGUGAUGGAUGACCCAGGCCAGACACAGAAACACAUCUUCAAUAUGCUGGUCAAAUGGAGGCACAAACAGUCCACUAGCGUGGAUCAGAGGGAAGUGUUUUUCACAGCUCUGAUGGAGAUCAAGAGAACAAACACUGCCGAAGACGUGAUAGAUAAUGUCAUGAGAGCCCUGGAAGCAGACGCCAAUGAACGCGCAGAGAAUCGCAAGAUGCGUAAAGCAGAGGCGACGGUUCUGAAGGAUCAGGGGAACCAAGCGUUCCAGAAGAGCGAUUACACACGAGCUGUUGAGCUCUACACGCAGGGCCUGGAACGUCUAAAAGACUUUGUGCUGCUGUACACCAACAGGGCACAGGCUUACAACAAAUUGGAAAAGUUUUCAGAGGCAAUGGAGGACUGCCGGACUGCCUUGCAGUUGGAACCAAACAACGUCAAGGCAUUAGUGCACCUUGGCAAGGCCCAGCAGGGACUGAAGGAUUAUGAGGCGGCUGUUACGACUUACAAAGAAAUCCUCAAGAUUGACAAGAAACACGAGAAAAUGGUGGCAGUAACAGACAGUCAGGCAGCUCUGACCCAACAACUACCAGAUGAUCAACAAAAAACUCAGUCGAGUAAUGAACAGCCUUUCCGGCAGAAACCAAUGCCACAACCACCGCUGCAACUACAGCCAAGUCCGGGUGAGACACAAACUAACCCUGGUCCAAGCACAGCUCCAACCCAACAACUACCGGCUGAUGGAGUGAGGGAUGAUCAACAAAUGACUCAGUCCGGCAGCAGACAGCUUUCCCAGCAGGAACCAACACAACAACCACCACCGCAACUACAGCCAAGACCGGGUAUCAGUGACGUUGAUCUAGGCAAGAUCUCUAAGAGGCUUGGCUCUGAAUGGCGGCAGCUGGCUACACAUCUCGGUUUAAGCGCUGCAGAGAUCAAGCACAUCAUGAUGGAUGACCCAGGCCAGACAGAGAACCUGAUCUUCAACAUGCUGGUCAAAUGGAGGCGCCAACAAUCCACGAGCCCGGAUCAGAGGAACGUGUUAUGCACAGCUCUGAUAGAGAUCGGCAGAAGGGACAUAGCUGAAGACCUGAUAGAAAUCACCGGACUCCAGGGGCCGGUUACCUUUGAGGAUUUGCAACAGGAAAUUAUUGACAACUACAAGCAAACUGCAACGACUAUUCCUGCACACCCUACACUGCAAACACGUCAAGUCGGUAUUGAGGAAUUCUUUGUUCCUCUACGUCUUAUAAAGAACAUUCCAGGCAAAACAAAAUCAGGGAGGUCGGUGAGAUUACCAGAAGGAAAUUUAAUCUUGGACGAAGCACUAUAUGACAUUCUCAAUUCCUUGGAUGAUUUGUUCAAUCAGGAAAAAGUUAAGGAAAUCAAGAUUCUUCUUUUUGGUGGGGCCGGGAUGGGUAAAUCAACCCUGUUAGUGAAGGUUGCAAACUUCUCCAUCACACUUAGAUCAAAAGCCCUUCUUGGUAGAUUCGAUCUUGUGCUUUGGAUAAAGCUGAGGCAAAUGCAGCAAUCUAGUUGUGUUUUGGAUGCCAUAUUUGACCAAAUUCUAGCUCAAGACACCAAACUGACAAAACCCAUAGUGAAAAGGUUCAUUGCUGAUCAUGAAUCACGCACUGCUUUUCUGUUGGACGGAGUGGAUGAAAUUCCGUCUCAUGUUUUGCAAUCUAAGGAGGGCGUGUACAGGGUUCAGGAUAUCUUACACAACAGAGUCCUUACUAAAAGUUUUGUGCUGGUCACAACCCGACCACACAUGGUCGAAUCAGUACUCAGGUGUAACCCAAAAUUUGCCCAGGUGGAGACAUGUGGCUUCAAUCCACAAGACAGAGAUCAGUACAUCAGAUUAAACUUUCCUGAUGAUGAUGACGACAUGGGAGAGGCAUUGGUUUCAUAUCUGAAAUUCAAUCAACAGCUAUGGGAAAUGUCCAAAGUUCCAAUCGUUUCCCAGAUGUUGUGCCUUGUUUGGAAGAAUCAAAAGUCAUUGCCUGAGAGAAUGACUGAGCUGUUUGCAAAGUUUGCAGUGGUUCUUUUCAAGCGCCACAAUGAAUAUAUGAGUGAUGAACAGGUGAUGUCCACCAUGAUGUCCAUCAUUGAUGACUUGGGGCGUGUUGCAUUGCAAGGGUUACUAGACACCAGAGGGGAAAGACUCAUGUUUGAUCAAACUGAAUUUCAGAAUUGUCAGUCUUCCUUAGCUGAGGGUUGUCGUGUGGGUUUCGUUCAACGUGAAACGUUCACGUGUGGUCUGGAUGUAAAGGUGUUGGUCACUUUUCCCCACAAGACCAUCCAAGAAUACUUUGCAGCAUGUCACCUGGUGAAAUUGCUCGAAGAUGACAAAAACAAAUUCCGUGAUCAGUUGAAGCAGAUUGGAGAACACAAUGUUCAUGCGAUGGGAUAUUGCUGAGAUUUUGUUGCGGUAGAUCAGGACAGGCUGCUGGUCUCAUAUUGGAUCACAUAAAAAAUGUGCAAUCAGAGAGGCUAGAUUUCGAGAAGAAACCGCAGAUAUUGGCUAGGUGGUUGUUGUUGGAGUCUCGUUCAGGAGAGUUGGCUGCCAAACUUGUCAGACCAACUGCUGUACACUGCAACAGUUACGAAGACCUGAAAUCACUGAACUACUACUUACAACAUGUCACUCCGCCACUUAAACGUACAUAUUUUUACAUGGACGUAAGACAGCAGGAGCUUACCUUUCUCAAGGGAAUUCUUCUGAGUGACAGCAUAGAGUCAGCUUAUCAGGUAGUUGUUAACUACCACUUGUCUGAGCAGCAGCAGGGGGGGAAGGAGCUUAGCCUCCUUGAGCAAACACUUGGUGUGGUGGAUGAACAGCACCGUGCUCAAUUAGA